AUGACUUGUACACAAAACAAUGCUGAUUUUAACCUUGAGCGUUCUCUUUCUCCAGAUGAGGGUCCGUGCCGGAGGACGUACUGUGGCCGGGGUCGGGAGUGUGUGGUCAGGAAUGUGACGGGCCGGGUCGAGUGUGUGUGUCAGGAAAGGUGCCACACUUCGUUUGUUCCCGUGUGUGGCUCCGAUGGACGUUUUUACGAGAACCACUGCGAGCUGUACCGCACCGCGUGCCUGCAGCGCAGGAGGAUCUAUGUGGUCCACAGCAAAGACUGCUUCUUCAGAGGUGACACGUGCACCAUGGCGGAGUACAACAAGCUGAAGAACAUGCUGUUGGACAUGCAGCCCCGGACCGCCCCGAGCGGGGAACCGGACGCCAUGGACCAGAGGAGGGCGCUGGUGGACACCAUGUUCAAGUAUAUCGACCGAGACCAGGACGGCCGUCUGAGCAGUGAAGAGCUGGCAGAGAUCUCCAUAAAGGAGCAUCUGGAAAACAUCUUGAUGGAGUGCAGCAUGCAGGACCUCCUGCGUUACGACGACUACAACAACGACGGCCACCUGACCCUUCAGGAGCUCUACACCGCUUUCCAGGUGGUCCAGCUCAGUCUAGCGGACGAGAAGCGUCUGAGCGUCACAACAGUGACCGUGGGCCUGAGCGCGGUGCUGUCCUGUGCCAUCCAGGGCACCCUGAGGCCCCCCAUCAUCUGGAAGAGGAACGGCAUCAUCCUCAACUUCCUGGAUCUAGAGGACAUCAAUGACUUUGGCGACGACGGCUCGCUCUACAUUACGAAGGUGACUACGAUUCACAUGGGGAACUACAGCUGUCACGCGUACGGCUAUGAGGAUCUGUCCCAAACCCACGUGCUCCAGGUGAAUGUGCCUCCAGUAAUCCUGGUGUACCCGGAGACUCAGGCCCAGGAACCCGGUGUCGCUGCCAGCUUGCACUGCCAUGCAGACGGUCUUCCAAACCCCAAACUCUCCUGGCUGAAGAACGGCCUGGACCUGCAGCCAUACGCAUCCAAGCAGAUCUCUCUUCUCGCGAAUGGCAGUGAGCUUCACAUCGGGAGUGUGCGUUACGAAGACACUGGGGCUUACACAUGCAUCGCCAGAAACGAGGUCGGCGUGGAUGAAGACAUCUCAUCUCUGUUUGUGGAGGAUUCGGCGCGUAAGACACUGGCCAACAUUCUCUGGAGGGAGGAAGGGCUCAGUGUGGGGAACAUGUUCUACAUAUUCUCCAGCGAAGGGAUCAUUAUACUGCAGCCUGGCAACUGUGAGAUCCGCAGACGCAUCGCGCGGACAGAGAGGAUUCUGGGUAGUGAUGACGAGCUGUGUCCCAGAAGCGUGGGCGUCUCGCCACAUGAGUGUGUGUGGGCGUCCGCGGUCAGCGUGAGGGAGAAGUACGUGUACGUGACCCAGCCGCUCCACAACAGACUCCUGCUGAUCGACACACAGGCGCAGAGAGUCGUGCAGGCUGUGGAAACAGACGCCAUGCCCGUCAAACUCUUCUACGACAAAUCUCACGAUCAGCUGUGGGUGUUGAGCUGGAGAGACCUGCUGAAGUCCCGCUCCACGCUACAGGUGAUCACGUCUGCGAGUGCAGUGGAGCAGCGUCAGAUCCUUCACACUCCGUUUGAAAGAGUGGAGGAUUUCUACAUCCCUCCCACCAACCUCAUUAUCACCCACGUAAGGUUUGGCUUUGUCUACUUAAAACGGGAGCCUGCGGUGCAUAAAAUCGACCUUGAGACCCUCCGCCUCGUCAAGACCAUCAGUCUGAAGAACUACAGCUGUAUUCCCGCCAGCAUGGCCUACACUCAUUUAAGCGGCUACUAUUUUAUCGAGUGCCAAGUCCAGAACAGUUCGUCUCCGAGCUCACAGCUUCUCAUUGACAGCGUAAGCGACACAGUCAUCGGGCCCAAUCCCAACAUCAACGGACAGCCGUUCGUCUCUCCAGACGGGCGUUUUGUCGUCUCCGUAGAUAAGCGGCGUGGCAAACUCCAAGUCCAGACCGUCUCCUUCAGCGGUGAACUGCAGAUCAGCCAUGAAGUGGAUGUCUCGAUUCAACUCGCAGACUUGGAGUUUCAGCCGUCCUUCACGGAGGCCAACCAGUACGUGGUCGUGACCUCUUCGGCUCAGGGCUCGGAGCUGGUUUUCUCGGACCUGGCGACGGGAAGAGAAAAAGCCCUUCAGAAUGUCAAGGAUCCGAUUCCAGCCACCAGUUGGCCUUGGGGAGACACCAAUAGGGUGGUGGUCUCCAGCGGGGUGUUUGGACGAUACUUGGUCACGUCGUCGACCGAGUCCCUGUUCGUUCUGGACGGCAAACAGAGCGGCCCUCACUGUGAGGUGUCAGACAUCAAGAGAGGGAACACAGUGGUUUGGGUGGGUGAGGUAUGAGUGGCGUACCGCGGGCCGGUUCUGCAGAGGAUUGCGUCGGCCGACUGGGCCAAAGCUCGGGAAAACCUUUAAGGGAUGCCAAUGGACUUGACCCUAGUAGUGAGUUAAAACGAACACGGGUUUCUGUAUAAGUACACACACAUGCACACAUAUUCAACAAACCUUAUAGAACAAGGGAACGAAUGAAUGGAACACCCUUCAGUGCAACAGUGAGCUAAUUUAAUGAGAGAUGUACAUUUUUUGCACUUCGUUGUUAGCAGAAAUAGUGUUAAGCAGCAGAGAGGUUAGGUGAUGACUGAACUAUGCACAAUGCUUUUUUCAGUGUUUUUCUUUUUUCAUUGUGUUCACUUGUGAUAAACAGUCACUGUCCAUCAGUGCCAUGUCUGUUGAUGUCAAUGUAGAAAGAUUGUGUUGUUUGCAUCGUCCCAGUGUUUUGGGCUUCACGUUUCAACGGCUUAUUGUCCGUUUGUUUUUUAGUAUUAUUAGUACAACGCUUAAUAAUAAACAUAUUAGGGUAACAUUUAGCAUUUUCCUCUUUGUAAGCCAUCUAAAACAUGUGUUGAAUCAUUUUAAUCUCAUUGGUGCAACGUGACCCCGUGACACAUGGCAGCGUACCGCGAAAGCUAUAAAGGAUACCUGAAACAAACAGCGACAGCUUCUGAUUGGCUGAAAUAUGUCACAUGCAGGCAUGCGGGAAGUAAGACAAGGCAGCACAGAGUCUCAUUCCCUUUUCAGGAAGGCUCCCUUUCUCUCACAGUUGUAACUGAGACUUUCCCUUUCGAGAGAACUCAACGCUUCGUCAGAUUGUUGACACUAUGGGAACAUUAAUAUCCAGGCUGUAUCCAGACAACAACAUAGUUUCCAGAUCCGGGCCACAUCUGGUACACAUGGAUUCAACACGGACCAGAUGUGGGCCGGAUCGGAGCCGACACUAUGCUGCUAUCUGGGUAGAAUCUGAUGUAGGGAAACUCCUGACAAUAAAGUCUUAAAGGCAAGCAUACCCCUAGUAGAACGGGCCCUUACAACUAGAGACAAAGUAAGGUCACGUGCCUCAUAAGCCAUAGUAAUAGCCUCAACAAUCCACUUGCUUAUUCUUUAAGAACCCUGUCAAACCAUACCAGCUGCUGGUCAAUCUUACGCCACUGGGCAGAGCGGUGGACGAAACAUUCAAGUCCCCUAACUGGGCAACCCAAGUUUAGUUUCUCUUGGUCCACCAACUGAAAUGGAGGAUAAAAGGCGUGCAAAACAACUGAGCAUGCCAUGUUAGUCAAGUAACCUGGUCUAGGGUUUACCCCAUUGGGAGCAAACUCUAGGCAGGAGGAGGCAACAGAGAGGGCCUGCAGAUCUCCUACCCUUUUAAGAGAGGGGAUAGUGAGCAAGAAAGCAAGGAACUUCUCUGAAGCUAUAAAGGAUUCCUGAAACAAACAGUGUCAGCUUCUGAUUGACUGAAGUAAGUCAAUCGCAGACAUUCGGGGAGUCUCAUUCCCUUUUCAGGGAACCAGAGUUACAGUUGUAACCGAGACUUUCCCUUUCGAGAGAACUCAAUGCUUCGUCAGAUUGUUGACGCUAUGGGAACGUUUAAUACCCACUGCAGUCCAAAUCCAGGCAGUACCCAGAUCCGGCCACAUUUGGUACCAGAUGUGGACUGGAUCUAGGCCGACACUAUGCUUCUGUCUAGGUAGAAUCUGAUUAAUGUGUGCGGAGAGGCACAGCCCACCGCAUUGCACACCUCUUAGAUGGAAACUCCUGACAAUAAAGCCUUAGAGGCCAGCAUGCUUCUAGUAGAACGGGCCCUUAUGACUUGAGACGAAGUAAGGUCACGUGCCUCAUAAGCCAGAGUAAUAGCCUCAACAAUCCACUUGCUUAUUCUUUAAGAACCCUGUCAAACCAUACCAGCUGCUGGUCAAUCUUACGCCACUGGGCAGAGCGGUGGACGAAACAUUCAAGUCCCCUAACUGGGCAACCCAAGUUUAGUUUCUCUUGGUCCACCAACUGAAAUGGAGGAUAAAAGGCGUGCAAAACAACUGAGCAUGCCAUGUUAGUCAAGUAACCUGGUCUAGGGUUUACCCCAUUGGGAGCAAACUCUAGGCAGGAGGAGGCAACAGAGAGGGCCUGCAGAUCUCCUACCCUUUUAAGAGAGGGGAUAGUGAGCAAGAAAGCAAGGAACUUCUCUGAAGCUAUAAAGGAUUCCUGAAACAAACAGCGUCAGCUUCUGAUUGACUGAAGUAAGUCACUCGCAGACAUCCGGGGAGUCUCGUUCCCUUUUCAGGGAACCAGAGUUACAGUUGUAACCGAGACUUUCCCUUUCGAGAGAACUCAAUGCUUCGUCAGAUUGUUGACGCUAUGGGAACGUUUAAUACCCACUGCAAUCCAAAUCCAGGCAGUACCCAGAUCUGGCCACAUUUGGUACCAGAUGUGGACCGGAUCUAGGCCGACACUAUGCUUCUGUCUAGGUAGAAUCUGAUUAAUGUGUGCGGAGAGGCACAGCCCACCGCAUCGCACACCUCUUAGCAGUGUUGUAGUACUCGAGACUCGGACUCGUCUCGGACUCGGUCUCGAGACCAUAUUUUAAUGGUCUUGGUCU